AUGGAAUCCUUGAACCCGCAAUGCGAGCAUCUGGCCUCGCCGGAAUAUAAGAACUUCAUCCUCUCCAUUCUCAUCGUUUUUGGGAUUCUCCUCUCUUACACCCCCCAGCAUGUUCGCAUCAUCACGAUGAAGAGCUCCUUCGGAAUCUCACCGUACUUCGUCCUCCUAGGAACAACUUCCGGUUCGUCCUCUCUGGCGAAUGUCAUCUCACAACAGCAGAGUCUACAGGACAUGGCCUGUUGCAGGGUUGUCAAUGGUAUGGGUUGCUUUUCAGGAAUACUAGGUAUCCUGCAAGUUGGGACGCAAUGCCUCUGUUUCUUCGUCAUCCUGUUUCUCUUCGUUCUGUUCUACCCCAGAAACACUUCCCACCUCCCCAAGAAUAGCCCAACAUAUCGCACCGCCCUAAUCGUAGCCGGUGUCUGCAUCGUUCAUGCGCUAGUGAUGCUCAUCAUCACCAUAGCAGUCGGCUACACACGGGCAUCUUCGCUCCAAGAAUGGUCCAACUUCUGUGGCGUCCUGUCCGCCCUUCUCGCUUCAAUUCAAUACUUCCCCCAGAUCUACACCACCCUUCGACUGCGCUGCGUGGGAAGUCUCAGCAUCCCAAUGAUGUGCAUCCAGACCCCCGGCAGUCUCGUCUGGGCAGGCAGUCUGGCUGCCCGAUUGGGUCCAAAGGGCUGGAGCACCUGGGGUGUCUUGAUCGUGACAGCAUGCCUACAGGGCACGCUUCUAUGCUUGGGCGUCUUCUUCGAGUUCCUGGGACCCAACCGGGGCCACAGCCAUGAGCAUGACAAGGACGAGGACUUUGAUCAGGAUCAGCCUUCCGAGGAGACUCCGCUGCUUCGGGACCAGUGA